AUGAAAAAGCCGUAUAGCCGACCUCAGACAUCUCAGGGUCCCAAUUGCUACCAGUGUGGCAGACCCCACCUGAAGAGAAAUUGUCCACAGCUGGCAGGUGGAGUAGGAGGGUCAGGAGACUGUCGCAAGUGUUUUAUAUGCGACAAACCGGGACACUUCGCCAAUAAUUGUCCAGAGAAAAAGAGUCUUGGCACGAAGAAGUUAGCAGCAUCGCCAACAGAGCGAGCUAGAGCUGCGGGCAGAGUCUUUGCCCUGACCACCACAGAGGCUACACAGUCGGGUAAUCUUAUACUUGAACCUUGUAUACUGUUUGGUAAUGUAGUGCUUGUAUUAUUUGAUUCCGGGGCAACCCAUUCUUUUAUUUCUGAUGUGUGCGUGGGGAGAUUGCAAUUGGUGACACACGAUUUGGGAUGUGAGUUGCUUGUUUCAACUCCCUCCUCAGGUCAAGUGGCUACCAGUUCAGUCUGCGUUAGGUGUUCUAUGGAAGUGGUAGGUCGCAGAUUCAAGGUGAACUUGGUGUGCUUGCCUUUGGAGGGACUAGACGUAAUCUUGGGGAUGGACUGGCUGUCUAACAAUCACGUCAUAAUUGAUUGUGGACGGCGCAGUUUGAGGGCGAUAAACGAAGUAGAAGCCGGAGCCACCUACUUUAUGAUAGUGGCUCAUGCAGAAAAGAAUAGUACCACCGAGAAGAUCAAUAUGAUUCCAGUCGUGGAGGAGUAUGCCGACGUAUUUCCAGAUGAAAUACCCGAGUUGCCACCGAGUAGGGAUGUGGAUUUCUCCAUUGAUAUCAUCCCUGGGGCUGGCCCAGUAUCCAUGGCGCCGUAUAAAAUGGCACCCGCAGAGUUGGCAGAGUUGAAGAAGCAAAUAGAAGAUUUGCUUGAGAAGAAGUUCAUUCGGCCGAGCGCAUCACCUUAG